GCGGAGCAAAGACGACGGUGUUGCCUUCGGUUCACUUCAGUUGUACCGAGUGAGCCGACAUGCUGUGUUCGAACUCGGUCGCCGUACCGGUUUGAGGGAGGGCCUACGCACCAGUUGUGUUGUAUACGUCUCGGGUGUCGGUCGGAUAGCACGAUACUCGCGUCCCGAGGUCUUUAAAACGGCGCUAGCUAAAAAAUCGCCGAAGAUCCGUAAAACGGCAGCCGGUGAUUCGUUACGUACUUACCGAGUCUGAAAUUCGUUCGUGAAAACGUUUCGUCCUUACGCCGAGAAGAGAGUCGAAGGGCGAUUGUGAGCUGGUUUAAAACGAAGAAAUAGCCGGACAGAGCUAAGUUGUUCUUUUCUUUGUAAUAUUAUAAACAGGAACUGCAAAUCCGAGGCAGAAAUAUGGCGCGUGAAUCACGGUGGUUGUUUUCUUCUUCGUGCUGUUAUGUGCGCUAUUCAUUCGUCAUACUCGUUGCUGCAUCCCUUGGAUUUUCUCUCGUCGUUUCAGCGGCUGACACGUCAGAAGAUUUCUACCAUAGCUAUGAAAGCUUGAACUGGGACAAGAGGUCUGCUCCAGCAGUGCCUGUGAAUUUAGUCCUCUACGAUGAACCAGCGACCAGAGUGCGGCGUAGCUUACCGGAACCAGCACCGGACCAGAACGCAACUUUGGAUGUUGCAACCACACCAUCGACGAAAACAACAGCGAAAUUGAACAGCAGUUUUGAAAAUGUUGCAUACUCAACCGAUAACAAUACCAAGAAUUCUACGUCUCAGCCAACGUUGGUUACAACGUCUCAAGUCGUUGUUUCGCAACCAUUGAAUGCUGCUACUGGAAAAUCAGUUGAUCUUCCAAGAAUAUGGGCCAACGCAACGAUGAGGCCGGUUGUUCUGGAGAGUCCUGUUAACAAGACUGAAGUCUCGGCUACAAACACAACCAAAAAUAUGGACGAUUCGAUUGGCGAUGAUAUAAACAUUAGUAAAUUUGGAGAUCCUUCAAACACUACGUUGUCUCAGAAUAAUAUCACUAAGACCCAGGAAGAUCAUCACAUUUAUUACAACAGCACGAUAUUCACGGAUAAGGUCCAGGCUCAGAAGUUAUGGGUCGACAUGGACAAUCAUCCGCAGCUUGUAGUCAAUGAGCUUCUCAGUGACAGCCAUAGGAGAGCUGCGACGGUGAAGCUAUCAUUUGAUUUUCCAUUCUACGGACAUGAUGUCAGGAACGUAACGAUAGCAACAGGCGGCUUCUUGUACACUGGCGAAUACGUGCACAGCUGGCUAGCCGCAACUCAGUAUAUUGCUCCUUUGAUGGCGAACUUUGAUACCAGGCUGUCCAAUGACAGCUAUGUCAAAUAUGCAGAUAAUGGCACAGCCUUCACUGUGGAGUGGUCUAAAGUGGCACUUCAAACGAAGCAAGACGUUGGAGACUUCACUUUCCAAGUGACUCUUCACAAAAAUGGUGAUAUCGUGUUCGUUUAUGCAGCUAUACCACUGGACAUUGAAAAAAUCGCAGACAAUUUGCACCCUGUCAAAGUCGGACUCAGCGAUGCUUACAUAAUCGACAGAACUGUCUUUUAUGUUCGACGCAAGACGAUUUACGAAUAUCACAGGGUAAAUUUCAUGAACCAGGAAGUAAAAAAUUGGACCGUAAUUUACCUCCAUGCAUUACCAACAUGUCUGAGAAUGGACAACUGUAACGACUGUCUGAAUACAUCAAUCGACUUUAAAUGCAAAUGGUGCCCAAGUUUGAACCGGUGUAGCACUGGCAUUGAUCGUUACAAGCAGGAAUGGCUUAUGAAGAGAUGUGAAGAGCAGAGCAUCAAGGAAGAGGAAAGCUGUCCCGUGACACCCUCAACGGCCACAACGUACGAGGAACAUGAAGUCCAUAGUCAUGACCAUCACAACAACACAUUUGACGUACAAAAAAUUAUGCAUACAGCAAAUGCUCGCGGCCCUUUGCCUCCUACGAAUAAAAUGACUAUGGGGGUGUCUGGAAUAAUCGGAAUUCUCUUAGUGGUCUCGCUAAUCGUUGCCUUAAUUGGGUGGGGCGGAUAUGCUUAUCGCAAUCCACACAGUGCCUCCGGUCAAGUACUCAUCAGAUAUCGACCAAGUCAAUGGAGUUGGCGGCGAGGAGAAGCACGUUACACAGCCGCAACAAUUCAUAUGUAAUGAGGUACCAAGACAAUGAACAAUAACAUCUGACAGUGAAGAUAGUCGGGCUGUCAGAGAGACAUGAACUUCCUACUUAACGUAUACAGUACAUAUACUAUAGAAUACACUACAGUAGUGGACCAAGUCUACUGGCUAGAAAAACCGAAUUCUCAGCGUUUGUGCGAAACUGCCGAUCUGCCAACAAAAAUUAAACCGCAUAUAAACGAUUAUGAAUAAUAAUUAUGUUGAGCCGCAGAGCUGAAAUGAAUAUUAUGGUAUAGUAUAUCGUCAAUGGAAGGAAGUGUAUGUCAAUUAGGAAUAUAAGUCGUCAGAAGAUUGAAUUUAUGAAACGAAUGAUACACUUUGCAUCGGAUGUGUGUAAAUGGAAAACUAGUAUGCAUAUGAUCUUAGCAGUAAUACUUACGAAUACCCACGUUUCGCGCAACUUUAUUUUAUACGAAACUUGCAGCCGUGUACGUAAUAUCUUAUGCUGUAGGGUCUCAUGAUAACCGUUACAAUUAUUCGACAUGUGGGUACUUUGUACGUUUUACACGAUCUAAACCAAUCUGACGAAAAUAAUUUUAUAGAUUAUAGUACUCGCGUAUCCCGAAGCUAACGAUUUAUAUGUUGUAACAAAGGGUGAAAUCACCCGUUUUGUCCCCUUUUAAUGAUCUUGAGUAGUCAUCGUAGAUAAAAGACGUUUAUAAACCUCUUAUGUCUUUAAAAAGAAUAAGGUUGCUGCGUCAAUCAACAUUAUUGUAAAAACAGUCUUGUUUGAGACUUUAAACUAGAAACACGUUCCCUGCUAUUAAAGCUUUUUCUCAGCAUUUUAUUAACGCCUUUGAUUUUUGUCUCGUUAAUUAAGCUCACAAAUCCUUAUUUUAUUUUCGUAACGUCUAAGAACGUUAAAAUAUAUUAUGGUUUCUCUAAAAUAACUUAGUAUUCUGUAUAUUGACAAAGAUAAAUGAGAGAUCGAUCUAAGCCAACGCAUUUAUCUGAUCAGGUGCAGGGAGUGGUGUAGAAUUAAUUUAUACACUGAAACAUAGUUCGACUACAUUUUCAUAAACUUAGAAGUCACUACGUGUGCUUUUGGGAAGAAAAGAGAAUGAAGAAAAAUGAAUCAAAUGAAAUUGAAAGUGCCUUGAACGUUUUAUACUAUUCGUUAUCAUUAUAGCUUUGUCCGAAUAAACCUAUGUACGUGCAUUCACGAUCCCUAAUUGACUAUUGUGAAAUAAUUUUUAUACGAGAUCUGACCGAGCAUAACGUAUCUGUUAAUUUUUAUUAUUAUUAUUAAAAAAAAAAAAAAAAAAACUAUAGAUAGGAGAAAUCGAAUAAUGUUUUUUAUUUACAUGUCUUAUCCUUAUUGUCAAACCGUCAAAGUCAUGUGAAAUGAGUUCAAACUCUCCAAGCGAUGAACUCUGAUAGCCAAAUUCAUCAUCUACACAUAAUGUAAAUUACUUCAGUGCGAAUUGUCCAAUUUUCAUUCUCAUUAGUAUACCUUGAAUUUAACGCCCAUAAGAACAUUCCCAAAUCUGAAUAAUUAUUUGGUCGGAUCAAUUGUGUGAAAAAAGUUUCUUCAUCGCUGAAAAGAUUUUUUCGACUUGCUGGAUUAUGAGUGUGGCAACAUUGAGUUCUGCAAGUCUAUAAUAACGCAAAUAUACUAUGUAAUUUAGAAAACCACAAUUAAAGAUUACAUGCAUCUUUUGUGCAACACGUAUAUAUAUAUAUAUAUAUAGUAUACAAUAUACAUAAAAAGGGAUGAUAAAAAAAAUUUUAUAAUGAAAAAAAUCACACAUAUAUGAUAUUUUGGAAGAUAUCUUCAUAAUUGUAUAUAGUAGUAUUUUAGAGCAGUAUAAUUUCUACGUAUAUAUGGCUUAAGAAUUGUAAAGUGAAAAGAAAAACAUUCAUACCCAUUUUAAAGGUGCCUUGAGCGUUUUCCUACAUAAAAAAUUAUGAUGAUCAUUAAAACUCGCAGCUGAUCAAAGCGAAAUUCAUUGAUAAACUGAGAAAACUGUGAACCUCGUUACUAUAACGUUAGUGCCUAAAUUGUGUAAGCUUUGACGCCAGCUUUUGAAAAUCUGUAAAAAAAAAUAUGUCUAAAAUGUAAUCAGAUGUUUGGAAGAAAUUACAGAGAUUGAAAUAACAGCCCAGUGAGCUGAUUGGGCGUUUAAACUUACAUCCUUUCAUCGUGAAUAUAUUGUGAAAUGAGAAUAAUCAUGAUUUAUGAAAACCAAAUCACAUAUAAAGUAUAAUUACAAAGCGUAAAUGAUUAAAAUUUAUAAAUUUACUUAAGCUUAUAUGAUUUUAUUAUGUACGAUUUUAUUCAUAGUAUGUGAUAAUAAUUGUUUUAAUUAAUAUAACGAUUAAACCAAUUUCUUCGUCUGUA